AUCAAAAUAAUAAAAAAAACAUGACAGAUGAGGAUGCAAAUAUAUCUUUGGAUAAUAAAUCAAAUGUCAAUAUAACGCAACAAAAAAAAGAUAAAACUAGUUCUCCACGUGAAUCAAUUUCUAUAUCUUCUCAAUCUCCAUCAGACGUAAUAUCUCAUAAUAGCCACGAUCGUCUUGUUGGAGGCGUAAACGUACAUUCAAUACAGGUUUCAACCGUUCAUCCCGAAAAUCUUACAACCUCACAAACUUUAUCAUCAUCGCAACAAAGCAAAUCCGAUGUUUCCCCCAAAGAAUACCAAAUGACUAAAGUAGCUCCUGAAGUUCCUCCACCAGCUUACAGUGAUGGGUUCGAGAAGGAUCAUACACACCUCGAUGAGAGUCAUACAAUUCAAAUGCCUGACGAGGCUGAAAAAGCCCAAGAAAUAAAAAGUAAAUUACAAACUGAUAGGCAGAUUAGAAUGG